AUGAUUAAAUCCUAUUUUUUAUUAAUCAUUUUAAUAUUUUUAAAUUUAAAAAAUAUAAAAGUAGUAAAAUCAAAUGAACUGAGUCAAAAUGAACUGGAAUCAAUCAUAUUUGUGAUUACUCAAUAUCAAACAGGUUGGAAUGUAAAUGGAAAGAGUUGUAGUGAAAUUACAACUUCUGGAUUACAAUGUAAUAUAGUUGAUGGAGCAGAAACUAUUCAAACUAUAACAAUUUCAUCAACAUCUUCAAUAGACAUUGGGGAGCCAGUGUACAGAGAUAGUUUAAUUUUUCCAAAUUUAAUUAGUUUCGAAUUAUUAGUUGGACCUAAAAAGAAUACAUCUUACAAUAUACUUUCUUUACUUGACAAUCAAUAUAAUGUAAACUUAAAAACCUUAAAUUUCUAUGAUCAAACUUUUAUAUUUUCAAAUAGUUUUCCUACAUAUAUUAAUUUAGUCUCCUUGUUUAUUCAAAAAGCUAUUGUCCAGAGUAACUUUAGUUUAACAAAAUCGUUGUCAACAUUAACAGAAUUAAGAUUAUAUGAUAUUAAAUACACUCCAACAUAUGGAAUGAUAGUGGAUUUUACCAAUCCUAUUAAUUCACCACUUCAAUAUUGGGAAUCUUCUUAUAGUGAUUUGCAGUCUAUAGAUGAGUUUACCAUUGUAGGAGGUGUAUUCAAAAUUUCUGAUCAAUAUUUCCCUUCAUUGUUAACUCUUAGUCUUGAUGUACGUUCGAGCAUUAAUCCAAAUUUUAUUCUUAAUUCAAAUUCAAUUGAAUAUAUAUUUGUUUUUGAUGGAUAUUCACCUAUUUCUAAAACAUGUUAUCUUGAUACAUUGAAAGUAGAAAGAACCUCAGUACCUAAUGUACCUGAUGCAUCUUGGUUUACUAAUGGACCUUUUACUCUAUCAUUGGAUAGUACGAAUUCAUCUGGUAGUAUGGAUUUUAGUUAUAUAGAGGGUGUGAAGACUUCUAUAUCUAUAACGGGUACCCAAAAUGUUACCCUACAAUUAUUUGAUAAUUAUUGUCAACUUAAUGACUUUAAUUUAUAUGAUCUAGUUCUUAGUAACACAGGAUAUGUACCAGAUUGUUUUUAUUGUUAUUGGCCAGAUGUAUUUCAAAGACUCCCUUCCAAUACUCCACCUCCACCAUCAAACUAUAAAUGCAUAAAUAUUCAACUCAUUGGAAAGAGUUUAGGAUAUGGAGAUAAUGUAAGCCCCAAUACAAUGCUGGUAGAUACACCCAAUUACAGGUUUAAAGUAUUAACAGAAUAUGGAAGAGACACAGUUUCUUUCUCAACAAAAUAUAAUUAUUCUUUCAAUAUUUUUUGGGGUCUUUCUAUUAAAGCAGAUUAUAUCUUGAUGAAUAGGUUAAGUUCAGGUGACUUAUUAGUAAAAUCAUUUGGAAUGUUUAAUAUUUAUGCACCUUUAAGUGUUUCAAUAGGAAAUCGGAGUUGUGAACUUUUUUUUAACUCCACCAAAGAAUUGAAUUGUAUUAUCUCAAAUUAUUCUACAACCACCCCACAAUUGGUAAAAAUAUCAGACACUCUUUCUCAAGUCGGUUUAUAUAGUGUUUUAGAUUUUACAAUUAUUUCUUACACUUACUCCAAUGUUUUGAUAGUUAAUGCAAACUUUGGAUUUAAUCCUUUCAAUGUUUCAGUAACAAUAUCUGAAUUUAAAUGCAAUAUUACAUCUUUAAAUGAUACACAACUUAUCUGUACUCCAGCUCCAAACAUUCCUUUCAGUCAAUAUAUUACAAUUAUGGUGUAUGCCAAUAGUUUAAAUGGAUCGAUAAUAUACGAGAAUCAAGCAGAGUGUAAUCCUGUUUCAACUUGUAAUGGAAAUGGAAUUUGUAUAAAUAGCAUAUGUGAGUGUAAAAGUGGAUAUGGUGGUUACAAUUGUCAUAAUAAGUUGGAUCCAGAUAUCAUUAUUUUGCCAAACAACACCAACCCAUCACCAAUUAUCAUUGUCAAAGAUGGUUUAAAUUUUACUUUCAAUAUAAUCGCAGUUCAAGAGAUAGAUGAAUUGACAUCUGUCAUUAGAGAAAUUAGAACAGAUAAAUGGAUACAUUCAACAAUUGGAAAUGAUACUUUGAGUAUCUCAACCUACAAUUUACAAUCAUCCACACCAGAAGUAGAUCAAAUCAAAGCAACUAUUGAAUAUUCAAAGAAUAGUAGAUUGAUUAAAUUUGCUGGACAAUCAACAUUUUAUCCAGAGAAUAGUUUGAAAUUGAUGAUCGCAAUCAAUAAUUGGUCAUUCAAGAACAGGUUGAAUCAAAUAAGAGUCUUGAUGGAAACAAAAGCAGUUGUCAACCGUGAUAAAUGCUUAGAACCUGGAAUUAAUGUAAACAAUGCAUCAGAUAUUAAUUUUCUUUCUAUCUCUUAUGGAGAUCAAACACUCUACGGUAGAUUCCUUCCAUUUGGUUUAUCAGAUAACCGGCCAAUUUUUGUUCAAAAUCAGGUUGUCAACAAAACUGAAUCAUUAAUUACUAUUGGAAUGAUCUUACCUUAUGGAAAUAGUAUCAUCAUAGAUCCAGAUUUCUCAGUUUUAAUCAACCCCAAUUCGAAAUCAAAAGAAUGUUCGAAGGGAUUUGAAACUUGGAAAAUUGUUACCAUAGUAGUUGUAUUGUCAGUGGCUGCUUUUGCUGUUGCUGUGGCUACUGUAGUUUUAUUGAAAAAGAAAUCGAAAAAUCGGAAAGAAGCAAAGAGAAUUGAAAAUAGAUUAAAAGAAAUGAAAUAA